CAGGCAUGCGUCCCCCAAUGGGCCCCAUGGGACCAAUGAUGAUGGGUCCAGGUGGCAUGCGACCUCCUAUGAUGGCAGGGCCUCCGCAGAUAAGACAAUAACAAGAGUAGGCCCAAUGGUCACUUGCCUUUGGGUGCUAUCAAUAAUUAGCUCUUGGAUGUAAACUUGAUGCCGUUCCCUGUUUAUACCCUGUUUUGUAGCAGACGAGGUCAUGUCAAGAGGGAAACCUGUUAUCGUGCAGUACAAAGUGUCACAAGAGUUUUCCUUGAGUUUGAGAAUGUGUGACCUUCAUAUUUUUUAAUGUGUUGUGGAUAAAAGGAGGUAUCAUUAUCAUGGUAGUAGUUAUAUGAUUUUUUUUUCCUUUCUUCCUCAUGAUUGUCGUCAAAUGUACUUUUUUUUUGAUGGCAGGAAAUUUCCCACCAUGUGGGUAAAAAAUAAAAUGAAACCUUUCCAUAGGGAUGAAAAGAUAUUUCCAAAUUAUAUCAUAGCUAAAAUGUUUGAUAUUGAGUGUUCUGGAAGUUGCUGUAUGAAUUUACCUGAGUAAAAUUAUGGAUGGUCAUUAAUGACUUUUCUGUUGAUGAUGAUGUAACAGAUGUCACUUAUUCACCAAUUUUUUAUUAUUAAAUGUAAUUAUCA